UGUGCCUCUGCUUACUCACAGGUGAAGUCUCAGCUGCACAGCUGUAUCAGUAGACAUCUGGAGAUCCUUCGCUCUCGUGAGGUCUGGCUGCUGGAGCAGAUUGAUCUGGUGGAGCAGCUCAAAGGAGAAACUUUACAUCAGCAGCUACAGCAGCUGCAUUUGCUCAAAGGCCAGUUUGACGUUCUCAUUCAUCAGCUGGAGUAUUCCAGUAGUAACAAUCUCGCCACCCAGCUCACCAACUGCCUGGAAAAGCUUUCUUCUCUCAAUCUGACUCCUGACGAAAGCCCAGAGAUGAGUUUCCAAGCAGAUGCACGCAGCUUGCGCCAGGCGAUCACAUCCUUUGGGACCAUUUCUACCCAGCACAUGGAGACCUCAAACUCUUCUGAAAGACCAUGGCUUCUCCAGGACUGCCCAGUUUCUUGCAAGAAACAGAAAUUAGAUCCCGAAUGGGCCACACCUCUGGCUGAGUGGCUUCUAGGAAACCGUUCAGUAAGCAGCGCUCCUGUAGGACACCCCCUCAGCACAGACCCCCAAGACUGGCUGCUUGUCUCCAAGGAAUCUCAGGAAGAGCGACAGUUACCUGCCUUUGACUUCCAGAAAGCUUGGGGCCAGCUUCAAGACCUAGAGUCGUGGCUUCUGAAGGAGAAAUUGCCAGUUCGUGAGCGAACCUGCAGCGGAAGCUCAACCUUCUCGAUUGAGAUGAUCGAGGAAAGUGACCUAAAUCUGGAUGAGGUGGAAGUGGAAGACCAGCAGGACAAAUGGGAUGACGCUGUUGAGGAAGAAGAACUCAGCAAGUGGCUCUUCAGCCCAAGCCCGGUCAAGCAAGAUAAGACAAGCCCGGUGUCAGAUGCUGACCGCUUCAAGCAGAUCAUCAAACCCUUUUACGAGAGCUUCUCCCUUAGCGAUUGGCUACCGAAAUCCGACUGCAGCUCUUGCUGUGCCACACGCACCACUGCCGUGGAAAUCGAGAACCUCGGAAAGCUCAAGUGCCUAAAGACUCCACCUUCAUCCACUGCCAGCACUCCAAUCACCAGUCCAGAAACCAUCGAGAUGUGGCUUCACAAGACCAUCCCUAUUGAGACCACCUGCAAAGCCAACGAGACCUGUGCCAGCUACGCUCAAUGUGUCUGUGAUGACAACUGUGGAAAAGAGGCCCUCAGUGCUUGGCUCCUCAAGAAAGAGGGUCGAGAUAAGAAUGGCGUUCCUGUUAAUAAGAACGCCACAAACAAAGCCUCCAGCCAGCAGCAGGAGCAGCAGCAGAAGGUUCAAGCCAUCCUAGAGGCGUGGCUACACCCGAGCAACAGUGCCAAAUCCCCUGCCCUGUCGUCCCUCUCUGCCUGGGUGACCCCAUACAUCAAAACCUCAGACUCUGAGAGCUCUGUCCAGGAGCCUUUGCAGAACUGGCUUUUGCCAGCGAUGAAGCACAAAAGCACAACCACUGAGACGCCAAAGAGCGAGAACACUAAAGCGCAAGACAACAAAGACAUCGAGGAGGACAAAUGGCUUCUACGCAAACGGGCCAGUGCACAGGAAAGGCUAGGCCUACCCACAGUAUGUGACCUGUUUUCCUGUAUGAAGCUCAGUGGGGACAAAGAGAAGUGGCUACACCAAGCAGCUACACAGAUAUGAAUGCAACAUCCAUUGGCUUUUGGAGAUUUGACUCGAGCGUGGUUUCAUCGCUGAUUAUUGCACAAUAUUUUUUUCUUCAGUGCUCUUUAGGGAUUCAUUCUCUCUGUAAUCUUCUUGAUUGAAAGGGUGAUCUGGACUAAAGGUCCUGUCCAG